AUGUCUGUUGCGAGUACUUUGACACUCUCCGGCUGGAGAUGGCGACAACUUGGAAAAGCAAAUGAAGACUGGCAUCGGUGUGUACAUAAUAAGCCGACCACGGAGAUUUUCACCGAUCUCAUCGAUGCAAAAGUCAUUCCGGAUCCCUUUAUCGACGAAAAUGAGCGCCAUGUGCAGUGGGUGGGUGAGGCCGACUGGGAGUAUGCUUGCGACUUCCAGUAUGAAGCAGACCCGAGCCACUCUCGACAGGACCUCGUCUUUGAAGGCUUAGAUACGGUGGCAACCGUCUUUCUGAACGAGCAAGAUCAAAUCUUGGAAUCGACAAACAUGUUUCACCGGCACCGCAUCGAUGUGACAGGCAAAUUACGCCCGGGAUUGAACACCCUCCGCAUCGUGUUCAAGAGUGCUCUUCAUUAUGGGCGUGAAUUGGAGAAAAAGCAUGGAAGCUACAGAGCCUUUAGCGGAGAAAACUCUCGAGCGCAUGUCCGCAAAGCCCAGUAUCAUUAUGGCUGGGACUGGGGACCUCUGUUGAUGACAUGCGGACCAUGUGGAGAGAUCAAACUCGAAACCUACUGUUCAGCCUUGAUCAAUGUCUUUGCCGAUGCACGAGUGUCUGAAGACCUUCGUAGUGCAUCUAUCAAUGUCAGUUUUGAAGCUAUCUUGGAUCAAAAUGUCACUGCAAAUGUCACUGUUACCGCUCCUGAUGGGCGUGUCUUCCACUCAAAGGCAGCCCUCGGCUUCAGCACAAGGGAAAUUCGAGCUUCCUUGUCGUUGGAGAUCGAGGAACCGCAACUCUGGUACCCCGUUGGUCAUGGUCCUCAAGUUUUCUAUCUGGUGGAUGUUGCCAUCAUAAAUGGUGAUCAGCAACCACUUCAUCACAUCAAAAAGCUGGUUGGAAUACGACGCCUUCGCUUGGUGCAACAGCCUUUAAAUGGUGAGCCAGGCACCUCUUUCUUCUUUGAAAUCAACAACAAACCAGUGUAUGCUUCUGGCAGCAACUGGAUCCCUGGUCAUUCAUUCCUCACUGCUAUGACGGCCAACGACUACGCCUCAGCCGUUGAUAAAUGUGUGAAAGCGAACCAAAAUAUGUUGCGUGUCUGGGGUGGCGGUAUAUACGAGCAUAAUGCACUUUAUGAGGAGUGUGAUCGACGGGGGGUUCUGGUUUGGCAGGAUUUUGCUUUUGCCUGCGCCCAGUAUCCUUGCUAUCCUGAAUUCGCUGCAACUGUGAAACGAGAAGCCGUUGACCAAGUCAAACGGCUCCGCCAAUACUGUUCCAUCGUCCUCUAUGCUGGGAACAAUGAGGAUUAUCAAAUCGCCGAGAUGCUCAAUCUGACUUGGGAUCGUGACGAUCAUUCACGAGAUUGGACUGACACCAAUUUCCCGGCACGAACUCUGUACGAAACUCAUCUGCCAGACGUGGUGGCUGAAUAUGUACCUGGUGUCCCCUACCAUCCUGGCUCGCCUUGGGGUGGCGAAGGGACGACUGACAGGACCGUGGGUGAUAUUCACCAGUGGAAUGUUUGGCACGGCCCCCAGGAGAAGUACCAGCUCUGGGACAAGCUCGUGGGCCGCUUCGUCUCCGAGUUCGGCAUGCUUGGCUUUCCGGUUGCCAAAUCCAUCCGUCGUUAUGUGACCGAUCCCGCGCAGCGUUACCCUCAAAGUCGUGUUCUGGAUCUGCACAACAAAGCAGAUGGUGCAGAACGCCGACUGGGGUUGUAUGUCUUGGAGAAUCUUCGGGUCAACUCGUUGGAUCUCGACAGUUGGAUCUAUGCCACCCAACUCGUUCAAGGCGAGUGUCUCAGUUUCGCCGUUCGAAGCUGUCGCCGCCAGUGGAAAGGCCCUGGUCAAGAAUACUGCGGAGGCCAACUGAUCUGGCAGAUCAAUGACUGUUGGCCCGUCUCGAGUUGGGCGAUAAUUGACUUCUAUGGGGAGAAAAAGAUGGCUUACUUCAUGACAAUGCGCGAUAGUGCAUCGCUAGCUCUUGGAAUUAGCCGUUCGACACCAGAGCUCAAGAAGCUCAAGUCGCCACCUCCACAGAUCCUGGCUCCUCCUCAUGAUCUUGCCCCCAAGAUAUACAUCUGUGACGUUUGGGCAAUGAAUGGGACCUUACAGGAUGCCCAAGCCCAAAUCGAAAUCCGGUUAUACGACAUCACGACUGGAGCCCUGCGUGAGGAUAAGUCCAUCGGCAUUCAAUCGCUUCCAUCCAACCGCACCACCGAGUUGGUGGAAGACCUGACUGUGGAUGACCAGACAGCCGUCCAGGCAAUCAUGAGGGAUACUCGAGAUGGCCAUGUCAUUGCCCGCGCUUCAGAUUGGCCUCAGCCACUUAAAUACGUCACCUUGUGUGCAACUAUAGAUGUGUCUGUAUCAGUGCUGGACGGCAAGCUUGAAGUUCGAGCGAACGCGCCUGUCAAGGGUCUUGUGGUGUCCGUGGUUCCCGAUGACCGUGAUGUUGAGUUUGAGGAUAAUGCCGUCGACAUCUUCCCUGAUGAUGUCUACACAAUCCUCGCACGGGGGUUGAAGAAGGAUGAUAAGGUAGAAGUGCGUUAUUAUGGAUCGGACUUUUAG